UAGUUCUGUUUUUUUUAAUGGCAUGUGUGAUGCGAAUCCAUCUGUACAUGGCAAUUCGCAAUAUAUCAUAACUGCGUAGGCCAGUCGAUUUUGGAGGCAAAAUAUAUCGCAAAGGAGCUAUAAAAAUCACGGUACCUCCUUAUUAAUAUACUAGUCGUGCAUUCAAUUACUAAUCAAUUUCUCGGUAAGCAAGUGUUUACAAAUAAUAUCAGUUAAAAAGUAUAAAUCUCUUACCUAAAAUCAAGGUACAGUGUCGUCAACUUGAAGCUUCUUAACCUCGAAUAUUUUCCCAGUGCAAAUCGUAAAAGUAUACAGUAAUUACGUUCAAUCAAGGAAGUGAUGGAAAGCAAAGUUGACACAAUCAGGGUGAAGAAGGAGCCCAACGAUAUUUGGUUAGAUGCAGGGGACGAUUAUAAUUCCAAUUUGAUGGACUCUUGCACAGUCAAAAACUUUAAAACAUAUACAUCUUAUAAAUUAUCAGAAAAUCAGGCUAUUGUAUUACAGACAAAGUUAGAUGAAAAAGUAUUAAUCGAUUUUGAGUGUAAAGGCUUUAAAACUGAACUAAAGCCUUCAUCGACCCUCGUAUUCAAAACUGAACAUCAAAAUUGCAGACCUAUUGUGAAAAUAGAAAACCAAAUUCAGACCAGUGAAACAAAUGAGAAUAUAUUCAUUGAUUUUCAGUGCAAAGAUAUGAAAUCUGAAUCAACAACCACCUGCAAAACUGAGUAUCAAAGUUAUCAAGGAGGUGGUUAUUAUAAAAAGAACCAAAUUAUCUCAUAACAAAAGUUUGUAUCAAAAAACUUAUAAAAAAGAAGAGAGUCUGAAAACACAUAUUAAUACCGUACAUAAGAGUAUUAAACCAUGUGAAUGUGAGAUUUGUCAUAAAUCAUUUGGAUACAAAAGACACCUUAAAUCUCAUGUAAUGACUGUACAUGGUCGGAGCAUACCCUUCGAAUGUGAGGCUUGCCACAAAUCAUUCUGAGCUAAAUAUAGACUCAAAUAUCACAUCGAUAAAGUACAUCAUCGUAUCAAACCCUUCGAGUGUGAGAUUUGUCACAAAUCGUUUAAACAUAAAGGUGAUCUCAAGCGGCACGUAAGUGUGGUACAUGAUUAAAGCAAACCUUUUGAUUGUGAUAUUUGCCACAAAUCAUUUGGAGAAAAGGGCAACCUCAAAAAACACAUAAAUGCAGUACAUAAUCAUAUUAACCCUUUUUAAUGUGAUAUUUGCAAUAAAUCAUUCGAAUACAAAAGUGACCUCAAUAAAUAUAUAAAUUUAGCAUAAACAAACCCUUGAAUGUGAGAUAUAUUAUCAAUUAUUAGACAGAAAUAUCAUCUUAAAAAACACAGAUGCAGUACACAAUCGAAGCAAACCCUUUGAAUGUAAGAAAUGUCAUAAGUUAUAUUUCACGUGAGAACUUACAUCAAUAAUGUACAUGAUUCUAGCAAAUCUUUUUAAUGUAAGUAUUGUCAGAAUCAUUCAGAUAUCAGAAUAAACUUAAAAGUUACAAUAUGACGUUACAUAAUCGUGGAAAAACCUUUGGAAUGUAAAAACUUGCCAUAAAUAAUUUGGACGAAAAUCAAACCUUAAAGCUCAC